AUGACGGACCCUUACCCUCUCCCGCUUUCUCAACCUUCCCUCGCUGAAGGUUCUGAUGAGGUCAAGAACAACCUAGACUCCCUGCCUAAGCCCUUGGACAGGACUGGGGAGGACGAAAAGACAUUGAGGGCGAGACUGGUCUACCAGUGUAGGAAGAGGGGGACCCUGGAGACGGACUUGAUCUUGAGCACGUUCUCGAAACAAUACUUGGACGGCAUGUCGGUUGCACAGAUGCAAGAAUUUGACAAGUUGUUGGACGAGCCCGACUGGGACAUCUACUACUGGUCCGUUGGCAAGCGCGAGGUUCCGGAGAGAUGGAGAGAUACCGAGAUCCUGGCCAGACUGAAAAAGCACGCCGAGAACCACGGAAGGGUCGUCAGGACCAUGCCCCACUUGUACUAG